AUGCCUUCACUACAUAUCGCUCUUGUCGGCGCUACGGGCAACCUCGGCCCAGUGAUCCUGCAAGCACUUCUUGCGGCCUCGCUCCAGACUACGGUCUUAACAAGAGUAGGGAGUGCUCACAAGGUCUCCGUACCAGCCGGAUCGGAAAGCCUAUUAAAGGUUCAGGAGGUAGAUUACAACUCGCACGACAACCUCGUCUCCGCACUCCAAACUGUCGACGUGGUUCUGUCAACUCUCGGCUUUGCAGACCUGUUUAGCACGCAGAAAAAGCUGAUUGACGCUUCUCUGAAGGCGAAAGUCUCUCGUUUCAUCCCUUCGGAGUUUGGAAAUGAUUCAGCAAACCCUCUCGUCCGAAAGCUGCCGCUUUAUGGGGACAAAAUCAAGACCCAAGAGUACUUGGAGGGAAAAGCUGCUCAGAACCCAGGCUUCAGCUAUACCAUGUGUUAUAACAACUCUUUCUUGGAUUGGCAACUCCAAAUCGGCUUUAUGGUCAAUCUAAAAGACCACAGUGCUACGCUAUAUGAUGGUGGCGAUGUUUUGUUCUCCGCGACUCGACUUUCAACCAUUGGGAAGGCCGUGGUUGGUGUGAUCCAAAAUCUCGAAGCCACAAGAAAUAAACAUGUCUACUUCCACGAUAUCGCUAUUACCCAGAAUCAGCUCAUUGACAUUGCAAAGCGCAUCGAUGGAAAAGAGUGGUCGACGAAUGUUGUCUCGACUGCUGAGAUUGAAGAAAAAUCUUAUGAAAUGCUGAAAAGCAGCGACCCGAAGGAAGUCGGAAAUUCAGCGCUCGGAUUUAUUGCCCGGGCGUGCUGGGGCGCAGGAUAUGGAGGUAAUUUCAGUGAGAAACUUAGCAAUAAUCUGCUCGGGAUUUCAGGAAUGAGCAUUGACGACCUUGAGAAGUUGGUACGGGAAAUUAUUGGUUGA